CAGCGACAGUGUGGCGGCAGCAGCAGGAGGGGGAGUACACGGCCGCUCUGCCACGUGAGCCUUCCUGUGUGUUGUUAUUGUGUUGUGUAUGUUGUGAUAAAGCGCCACCAGUCAUAACAGUUCGUGGCGUUAUCAGGUGCUGCGGCGGUGUGAGAAAAAAAAAAAAGCCUAACAACCAACACAAAGAAAAUUGAGGACAAAAAGAUGCUCACAGUGGAAUCUUGAAUAUGUGUUUGCACAAAACUUCCAUGACAGACUGUUGGUGAAGAUGACUAGUGUGUGUGUGUAUGUGCAAAAGUGAAACAUGCCCAAUCUUGAAUGAUGAGGUGCUUAUGAAGUGGAACUGGAAUAUGCAAGAGCUUCCAUUGACUAUUUGAUAAUAGUUUUGCCUGUAGCUUGUGUAUAAAAGUAUCUUAAUGACUGAACAGCUCAUGGUUGUGAUGUAUGACAGUGAAGUGAGUAACCAUGUGGUAUGUAGACCACUGAGAAUACCAAGUUCACAUUUGGUUAACACAAUAACAGCAACAACAAAAGCUAAAAAAUGAUGCACGCAUUCCAAAAUGCAACCUUCACAUUCCUCAUCAGACUAGUCGGGUGCCUGUGAGCCCUGUGCAGCCUUCACCACUACAAGCACCACCUUCAACAACACCAUGGAGCACAGUGAGCUUAUUGCCGAGAUGGCUUACAUUGAGAAGCUCUCUACCCAGGAGAGACUGAAGCUGGCCAGGCGGCGAAGGAUGCAACAGAUGAAGAAGUGGUCACAGAAGGAGAGGGAGAUCUCUGGCAGCAAGAGAGAGAAAACAGCACUGAAUGAGGCACAGAAGAGGAGGAGGGAGAAUAAGAAGAAUGUGUCAUUUGUGAGCAGUGUGAUGCUCCUGGAGGCUGCUGCACGGAAUGACAUUGAGGAAGUGAAGGCCCUACUGGAGGUUGGAGUGGACCCUGACUCUACCAAUGAAGAUGGCCUGACAGCCCUCCACCAGUGCUGUAUUGAUGACUCAGAGGAGAUGAUGAGGCUGUUAGUGCAGCACAAAGCUGAUGUCAAUGCCCAGGACUCUGAGAAGUGGACACCCUUGCAUGCUGCAGCCACUUGUGGGCACCUGCAUCUGGCCAAGUUCCUCAUUGCCAAGGGUGCUAACCUGCUGGCAGUCAAUGCUGAUGGCAACAUGCCUUACGACAUUUGUGAGGAUGACGCCACACUGGACUACAUUGAGGGGGAGAUGGCCAGCCGGGGCGUGACACAGAGCCUCAUCGAUGAUACUCGUUCAGCCACGGAGACGCACAUGUUGAAUCACCUCAAGAUGAUGAAGAGCCAGGGACAGAGCCUAAUGUUUAGGGACCACCAGGGAGCCACACCACUCCACAUUGCUGCAGCCAAUGGAUAUGUGCGGGUGGUGGAGUACCUGCUGAGUCAAAAUGUGCCCACCGAGGCAAGGGAUCAUGACGACUGGUCUCCUCUGCAUGCUGCUGCCUGCUGGGGCCAUCCGGAUGUCUUGGAGAUGCUGGUACAGAAUGGAGCCAACCUUCAUGCCCGCACCAAGAACCAGGAAACCCCUUAUGACAUAUGUGAGGAUGCUGAACUGAGGGAGAGGAUCAUGCAGCUUAUCAAUGAGUUGGAGACAAGGAGGUUGCAUGACAACACAAGAAGGAUCCGGCGUGCGCAUUCCAACACACGCACACAGUCAGUCCGCCGCACCUCCAUUCGGGAGAAGACGUUGACACCAAAGAAGGAAGCACAGGAGGAGGCAAGGAUAAGACUGCAGCUAGAAAACAAAAAGAAACCACUGGAGAACUCCCCUGCCUCAAGCUCCCUGCGCACUGUGAAGGAAGGUGAAGGAUCCCCCAUGACCUCCUUCCCUGCAGUGAUUGCUGACAACACCACUACCACCACUUCCAGCAGCAACAAGAACACAACUGCCAUUAGUAACAAGAACACCACUACUAGUAACAAGAGUCCAUCCAUCACCAGAAACACAAAUAUCACCACCCCCACCUCAAUUAGUGCCAAAGAUAAAUUCAUGGUGGAAGAAGAGGAGGAGGAGCUCAAGAAGGAACGGAGAGAAAAGGAAAAGGAGAACAGUGCAGUCAUACAUGAGAAAGAUAAAAAUAUGAUUAUGUCCUCAGCCAUCCCACCAAAGAGGGAGAGGGACCUACUUGUGAGGUCAAACUCCACCACCACCUCUAACAAGCUUGAGUGCACAACAGAAUCCAACAGCACAACAGACACUCCAGAUGCUCCCCAGGUGGCCACUCCUCCAAUUCCUCCUCCCAGAACUUCUUCCAACUCACGACAGGAGGUGGUAGCAGCAGGCAGUGGCACCAAUGGUGGUGGGAGUGGCAUGAUAACUCACAGUGGGGAGGGUGGCAGCAAGAUAGACAUACAUGUCACUGUCACAGUCAACCCAUUUUCCCCUGGGACUCUAGCUGACCUGAAAAAACAGCGAGCCUUAUCCCGGGCCUCUCAAAACUCCUACACCCUCUCCCCAGCUUCCUCCACUGCCAGCACAUACUCCCUUUCUACAUCAGACUAUGAGUCACGACCUCACCCUCAUGGAUCAGAGUUCUCUGCAUCUUCUGUCCGAGUUGACACAGUUUCUUAUCGUCCCCCUGCUUCGCCCUCAGUGGCACCUCGUAAAUUCUGUGGCAACCCAACAGAAGUGAUUGGAGGUGUUGAUGCCCAUUCCUGUUGUUGUCUGAUGUGAGGUGUUGAAAGUGUGUGUUCCAGUUAUUGGAACAAAGACUAAAGGCAGUACAAAUGAAAAUGUAUCAAGACUUACAUAGGCCAUGUGGUGGUACUUCAGAAAUUAACAAAGUAGUGCUGUUACUGACUGUUUUAAGGUGACUGACCACAUAUUGUAUGAAAUUAUUUACUAGGUGUGAAUCUUUUCAAUGUGUAUUCAACAUGAAAAUAAUAUGUCAUGCCAGUAGAAAUGUAUGCUGGUUAUAGUGCAUCACAGCUACAGUGCAUUCUGGUCAAUAUUUGCUCAUUCAUCUACACAUUCCUCUUGGGUAAUCUGAUUGGACAUUCCUCUUCAGUGUGUCUGAUGCAACACCCAAGCUUCACAUCCUUGCUCAUUUUAUGUGCUGCAUGGUUAGUCUUGCCCUUUUAAAGUUUCAUUCCAAAAUAUAUUUAGAGAUAGUGUUACACUUAUAAUUUGAAGUCAUUUCAUUCAUCAUUCCCAAAUAUCUGUAACAAAUAUUUAGUGCACUAAUAAUUUGUGUUCUUUGGAUGAAAUAAUGGAAAGGUGCUAUAAUUGCCUUCAAAAAGUAAAGUAAUAAUUUUACUGUGCUGAAUAAGCUUUUUUUAUUUGUUGGUGUAUAAGGGAUGUAAACCAGAUUAAGCUGGUUCAGUUAAACCCUUACUCUUGAGAUGAGAGUUGUACCACAUUGCUGAUAGUCUGUUUAUACAGGCUGAGCUUUGUUUAUGUGAAGCUGAAAGUGCUCAUAGUACACCAAAAAGACUACAAUAUCCUUUAAAGCAUAGCAAGUCAGAAAAUAAAUGAAAAUAUUUUCAAAUACAACUAAAUGACAUGCUGACUACUGAUACAGAAGUACAAUUUUUAUGCCAAGAAAAUACUUAAAAUUUUGAGAUAGAAUGCUUGAGUACUUCACUGCCUGGCCAGAUCAUUAUGCAGUAGUUGAUGUUAAUAGCUGUGAGGUCUGUUAAGAUUUUGGUAUUGAAAACUUAUUUAAUUCAUAAAGUGCAUAAAGGUUUCAAUGCAUGGCAAGACUCCAACAAAACUUUAAAUUCAUGGUGUUAAUUUUUCAAUGCCUUGCCCUGCUUGGUUAAAUUCCUGACAAGCAAGGUAGUGUUAGAGAGUUACUAUUAACCCCUUAUAUAAUGAUUUAACCAUACACUACUAGUCAGAGCAGAAGGCACGAGAUUUGGGACCCUAAGAGGGAGAUUAAUGGCAUAGAAAAUACAUUUCAAUGUGGGUACUCACCUAAACUAGUAAUUGGUAGGGUACCCUUCUACCUUCCUGAUCUUUUGGAGUCUUUUGAGGUGUGAAUCAGCCAGGUAUUGGAGAUACUGAGGGCUAAUAUUGUCUCAUACAUCCUGAACAGCAGCUUGGAGGAGUGGGAGGGAGGAGGUAUCUCUGUCCUUUAGUUUAAAUUUAAUGUUCGCCUACAAAUUUUCUAUGGGGUUAAGGUGUGGUGAAUUUGCAGACCAUUGCAGAAAUCAAACCAGUUAACAAUUAACUUUGCAGUAUGGCAUGGUGCACCAUCUUACUUGAAGGUAUCAACAAUUAGUUCAAAGUAGUUAUUCUGGUUCAUCCAAAGAUUUUUUUUGCAAAAACACUAAUUUCCCAAGACCAUAAAAAGAAAAAUUAUCCCACACCAUCAAAGAGUCUGGGUGUUUUACAAUGUGUUUUGUGUAGCAGGGGUCAUAAGCGUUAGUACCUGGUCUGCAGUACACAUGGUUUCUCUGGUUGUCUGUAACUUGAAACCAUGCCUCAUCUGACCCAAAGUAUCCAACACUAUUUGUUUAAGUCCCAUUCCUUGUGUUGAGACACAAAAGCAAGCCUUUUCAGACACAGAGCACAUGUAACCCAAGGUUCUGACACUGCAUGGCAAUUACAAUAUCUCAAGUCACGCUUCACAUAUCUGUGUACAGUCCUCUCACUUACCCAAGCCAGCAAAGCAGGGUUCCUGGCCUUAAGUCCCCUGCUGGUUUUGUGAGGGUGGACCUCAAAUUGCCUGUGAACAACAUGCAGAGUCCUCUGGCCCACACCACACUUACGCCCUGCUGGCUUGUGAGGUGGUGGGAAAGCAUCCAUCCCAAUAAGUUUUGGUCCAUUGUUAAACAGUUCUGAGGGCUAAACCAGUGUUUGCAGCUAUUUCCUUAUUCAAUUUAUUCUCCCUUACUAAGGCACAUAUGAAUAAAAUUUGAGUUUUAGUAAGAA